AUGAUGAGGGCCUCCGUGGCUGGGCGCAGCGCGGCUCCCGCGGCGAGGCGCCCGAUGGCACGCCAGGCGCUCGUGGGACGCACCGGCGACGCGGUGCAGCUCGCAGGGCACGUGCACCCGGCUCCGCCAGCCGAGCUCGCUGGCGGCGCGCCCCAGCGGCAGGUCGCUGCGCAAGAAGUGGCCUCGCUGGCGGCCAAGGCGGACAAGGCGGUGGCCGUGCAGCCCGCGGAGGCCACGGGCCCGCUCGCGCAGCUCGCUGCGGCGCCGCCGGCCUACAUCGCGGGCGGCGUGGGGCUGGUGGCGCUGCUGGCCGUGGGCCUGCAAAAGGCGUUUUCGCGGGGGUCGCGGACGUACGACGGCAACGUGGGCGACGAGUACGACGCUUGGACUGAGGAGGGCAUUCUGGAGUACUACUGGGGCGAGCACAUCCACCUGGGGUACUACAACGAGGAGGAGCGCAAGCGCGGGUAUCUGAAGAAGGACUUCAAGGUGGCGAAGAAGGACUUCGUGGACGAGAUGCUGCGGUUCGCCGGGUGCGCGAAGGAGCCGAAGACCAUCCUCGACGUCGGCUGCGGCAUCGGCGGCACCACGCGCAUUUUGGCGAAGAAGUUUCCCAAUGCCAAGUGUGUCGGUAUCACGCUGUCUCCGAACCAGGUGCAGCGCGCCACGGAGCUCGCCAAGGAGCAGGGCCUCACGAACGUCGAGUUCCGCGUCAUGAACGCCCUCGAGAUGGAGUUCGAGCCCAACCAGUUCGACCUCGUGUGGGGGUGUGAGUCGGGCGAGCACAUGCCGGACAAGAAGGCCUACGUGGACGAGAUGGCGCGCGUCCUCGCGCCGGGGGGCUCGCUCGUGAUCGCGUGCUGGUGCCAGCGCGAGGAGGGCGACCGUCCCUUUACUCAGGCGGAGAAGGACGAGCUCCAGUUCCUGUACGAUGAGUGGGCGCAUCCGUUCUUCAUCUCCAAGGAGCUGUUCGCGAAGUACUGCGCGGACACGGGGCUCUCGCAGAUCGUGGACGAGGACUGGUGCCGCGAGACGAUCGACUCGUGGCGCCACUCGAUCUGGGUGGGGGUGUUUGACCCGUGGAUCGUGAUCUGGAAGGGACUCACGCGCGGGCCGUGGAUCUGGUGGAAGGUGAUUCGGGAGAUCGUGACGCUCGAGCGCAUGCACCGCGCGUUCGACAAGGGGCUGAUGGAGUACGGGAUGAUUCGGGCCACCAAGGCGGCAUGA